AGACACCUUUGCGCAUGCGCAUACAGGAAAGCGUUUUGCCGGUGCUAAGGAUUAAAAUUAAUGAAAAAUGACGCAACCUCACAGCAAAAAGAAGAUAUGCUACUACUAUGAUGGUAAGAAAAUUAGGAAUAAGCAGAAGUCAAAAUAUUAUACGAUUAGUUUGAUUUAUACCCAAGAGCGAUAAUACCUAGAAAAUAAAUUUCUGUUAUUAAAUUCAUUGCAUUUAAAAAUUGUUUAAAUUGUAAUAUUUUCACCUAAAAGAAUUUCUUUAUAAAUUAUGUUAAAUAUCAGUGAAUAAAGAUAUCGUUCAGGAGUUUUAUUAAAUAUAAAGUUUUCAAAAAACUAUAACUGCGUAGACAGUGGAAUUCCUAGUCAGGAUACCGGCGAAAUAAAAAUCUAUAACUGCGCAACUCUUUGAAUUUUUAACCAAGGAGCAAAUUUUUAACAAUGAGUUUUAAAUGCUUCAGGGGAUAUUGGAAAUUACUAUUAUGGUCAAGGACAUCCAAUGAAACCACAUAGGAUUCGAAUGACCCAUAACUUAUUACUUAAUUAUGGUUUAUAUCGAAAAAUGGAAAUCUACCGUCCUCAUAAGGCCAUUGCUGAGGAGAUGACAAAGUUCCAUAGUGAUGAGUACAUCAAAUUUCUGAGAAAUAUUAAACCGGAUAAUAUGUCCGAAUACAAUAAGCAGAUGCAGAAAUUUAACGUCGGUGAAGAUUGCCCAGUUUUUGAUGGAAUGUAUGAAUUCUGCCAACUUUCUGCCGGAGGAUCUGUUGCCGGAGCGGUAAAGUUAAACAAACAAGCAACUGACAUCGCAAUUAACUGGGGUGGAGGUUUGCAUCACGCCAAAAAAUCCGAAGCAUCUGGUUUUUGUUAUGUUAAUGAUAUCGUCCUGGCAAUUUUGGAAUUGCUAAAAUAUCAUCCUAGAGUUCUGUACAUUGACAUUGACAUUCAUCACGGUGAUGGAGUUGAAGAAGCCUUCUAUACUACUGAUAGAGUAAUGACUGUCUCCUUUCAUAAGUACGGAGAAUAUUUUCCAGGAACUGGAGAUUUGAGAGAUAUUGGAGCGGGCCGAGGAAAAUACUAUGCCGUAAACUUUCCACUGCGAGAUGGUAUCGAUGAUGACAAUUACGAAAUGAUUUUUCAACCUGUUAUCAAUAAAGUAAUGGAAAUGUAUCAGCCAACUGCUAUUGUGUUGCAGUGCGGUGCAGAUUCUUUAUCUGGAGACAGAUUGGGGUGCUUCAAUCUAACGCUAAAAGGACAUGGAAAAUGCGUUGAGUUUAUGAAGAAGUUCAAUCUUCCACUUCUAAUGCUGGGUGGUGGAGGAUACACUAUUAGAAAUGUAGCAAGAUGUUGGACACAAGAGACAGCCAUAGCUCUUGAUAUAGAUAUUGCUAAUGAGUUACCGUACAAUGACUAUUUUGAAUAUUACGGACCAGAUUUCAAGCUAAAUAUUAGCCCAAGUAAUAUGGCUAAUCAGAAUACGCCUGAAUAUUUGGAUAAGAUUAAGACACGAUUGUUUGAAAAUUUACGCAUGCUACCCCAUGCUCCGAGUAUUCAAAUGCAAGACGUUCCAGACGAUGCUAUUAAUACAGAAUCCCAUAAUGAUCUAAAUAAUUCAGAUCAAAGAAUAUCAAUUCGGGCUAGUGACAAAAGAAUUGAAAGAGAUGAAGAUCUUGAAGAUUCAGAGGACGAAGGUGAAGGUAGAAAAGAUCAGGAAAAUUUUAAAUCUAAAAGACCUAGAUUGGACGAAGAUGUUAAAAAAUUACCAAAGAGUCCAGUCGAUGAUAAGAUGGUAGAAAAUGACGUAGAAAGCAAGGAGGAAGAAACCAAGAGCACUGAUGCGGAGAUGAAAGACGCAACGAACAUAACAAAUAAUAAAGAAGAGAACGAUACUGCUGUCUAG